AUGGCAACAAAUUUGAAACGCAAAUUAAGCGAAAAAAAACCGGACGUGCUUGAAAAAGUGGCCAAAGGGGGGCCCAACCGUGAAGAAGCAAUCUCAAGGCUUAUAAAUGCAGUGUCAGAAGGGCCGUACGGUAAAUUUGUUAUAACCCUACCAGCAACUGGCACAAGCCCUUAUGUUAUGCUCCAAAACGCGGCUACUUACAUGAACUUGCCCCUAAACGUCGUCAAAUCUGAAUCUGAGAUAAACGGUUUUGAAUUGCUCAUAAACGGCGAGGAGUUUGCGAAAGGACAAUUUGAUAAUAUACAAGAGGCGCGCAAAGGGAUAGCUGAUCAAGCGUUGAAUAAGCUAAAAGAGACGUGCUUUUUCAUAACAAGGAAAAGUGAGUAUGUUAACGUAACUAAGGAUAAUUUGCACGAAAAGGAGGCCCCGAGUGUGGCAGCCCCCACUGCCUUUGCCGACAGCACGGCGUACAAGAUAAUGGCCAAAAUGGGGUGGUCGGGGGGCGGACUGGGGGCCCAGGAACAGGGCAAUCCUGACUCGAUCACAGUUUACGAAAAUGUCAACAGACAGGGCUUGGGGACCACGAAUUUAACGAAACAAAUCACAGAGAAAUUGGGGAAUUUUGCCAAAUCGUCCAGUUUGUUAACGCUAGUUUUUGACUCAGAUUUUACAAAGGAGGAGCGCGUUUUCAUCCACAAGGCCGCGAGGAAAUUUAAUCUCAAAACUAAGAGUAUAGGGCGCGAGAGUCGGAAAAUAACAGUUUCGAAAAAAAUUACCAGGAUGGAUAUUGUGAGAGAGUUGCUGAGGUCAGGCGGCGAGGACGGGUUUUACAAGUUGCACGUCCCGACCAAUUUUGCGCAUUUAUUUACUGUGUAAAUAUUCAAAAAUAAUAAAUUUAAUUUGAGUUGUG